AUGCGGACGAUAUCAGCACACGUUCUGUCGGCGGUGGUGCUUGUGCUCUCGGGCGCCGGCGCCGGCGCGAGGGCGCUCGACAUCCACGAGGAACUGCAGAUGGGCUGGAAGAUGGGCCUGUUGCCGAGGCAGGCGACACAGAACUUGCAGACGUUCACGGGGAACCUGGGCGGUGUCGCGGCUUCAGCGAUUACCAAGUCAAAUGACCCGAGCCGACCAUUUGAAGUUGAUGGCGACACUUUUCCGGACUUUGCAACCGCGGCGGGCAGGUCGUGCGACAACCAAAAGAACAAAUGCUCUCAAGCGGCUAACAACGCGGCGACAAAAUUCGACGUUUCCAAGUGUGACGAGCAAGCUACUGAAUGCAGGUCUGCCAUUGACUCAACGUCGAAGCAGAGCUUUGGCGACCCAGUGUUUGCGGGAUCGGAUGGCAACUUUGACAUCUUCUGCGAUCCUUGA